AUUCCCCCACUUCCAGUUUCGUAGUCAACGUAUUCAGUUCGAGUUCGAAAAUAAUCCCAAAUAUUUUUCCAAACUUUGCCGAACGUUUCUCUCCCUUUGUGAUUCUGUGAAAAUGUUUCGCCGUUGUGUGCGCGACUCGCUGCGUGCGAAUCGCAGCUUUGUGCGCUGCUACUCGAAGGAUGUGCGCUUUGGGGCGGAGGCGCGUGCCCUGAUGAUUCGUGGCGUGGAUCUGCUGGCGGAUGCCGUGGCCGUGACCAUGGGCCCCAAGGGACGCAGCGUCAUCGUGGAGCGGCCCUGGAGCUCGCCGAAGAUCACCAAGGACGGGUACACGGUGGCCCGUGCCAUUGCGCUCAAGGAUCAGCACAUGAACAUGGGCGCGCGGCUGGUGCAGGAUGUGGCCGACAACACCAACAAGGCGGCAGGCGAUGGCACCACCACGGCCACGGUGCUGGCCAGGGCCAUCGUCAAGGGCGGAUUCCAGCAGUUCACCAAGGCUGGCAAUCCGCUGGAGGUGCGCGCGGGGGUGCUCAUGGCCGUGGAGGCGGUCAAGGAGCAGCUCAAGCAGAUGUCGCGCCCGGUGGCGUCGCGACAGGAGAUCGAGCAGGUGGCCACCAUCUCGGCGAAUGGGGAUGCUGAGAUCGGGCGACUGAUUGCCGAGGCCACGGAUCGCGUCGGCCCCAAGGGCACCAUCACCGUGAAGGAGGGCAAGCGGCUCAAGGACGAGCUGGAUGUCAUCCAGGGACUGCGCUUCGACACGGGCUACCUGUCGCCCUUCUUCGUGAACACCCCCAAGGGCUCCAAGGCGGAGUUCGGCAACGCCCUGGUGCUGAUCUGCCUGAAGAAGAUCACAUCGCUGUCGCAGAUCGUCAAGGGUCUGGAGCAGUCGAUGCAGAAGCGCCGGCCGCUCAUCAUCAUCGCCGAGGACAUCAGCGGCGAGGCCAUGAACGCCCUCGUGCUCAACAAGAUCAAGCUGGAGCUGCAGAUCUGUGCCGUGAAGUCGCCCAGCUAUGGCAACCACCGCAAGGAGCUGCUCGGCGACAUUGCGGCCGCCACGGGCGCCACCAUUUUCGGCGAUGACAUCGACUUUGCCCGGAUUGAGGACGCCCAGCUGGAGGAUAUGGGCCAGGUGGGCGAGGCCAUCAUCACCAAGGACAGCACCUUGCUGCUGCAGGGCAAGGCCCGCCCGGCGAUGCUCAAGCUGCGCAUCGAGCAGAUCCAGUACGAGCUGGAGGACCCAAAGACCAAGCCGGAGCAGUCGGAUCGCCUGCGCCAGCGCCUCUCCGCCCUCACCAAGGGCGUGGCCGUGCUGCACAUUGGCGGCAGCAGCGAGGUGGAGGUCAGCGAGAAGAAGGACCGCGUCACGGACGCCCUCAACGCGACUCGUGCGGCCAUCGAGGAGGGCAUUGUGCCCGGCGGCGGCACCGCCUUCCUCCGCUGCAUCGCCCAUCUGGAGGGCAUGAAGCCGCAGAACAAGGACCACCGCAAGGGCAUCGACAUCGUCUGCCAGGCGCUGCGCAUGCCCAGCUUCACCAUUGCCCAGAACGCCGGCGUGGAUGCCGCCGCGGUGGUGGCCCAGGUGAUGAACGGCAGCGGCGACUACGGCUACGAUGCCAUGCGGAACGAGUACGGACCGCUGCUGGCCAAGGGCAUCAUCGAUCCCACCAAGGUGCUGCGCACAGCCAUCGCGGAUGCCGCGGGUGUCGCCUCCCUGUUGGGCACCACCGAGGUGGUCAUCACGGACAUUCGCAACUCGGAUCUGCUGGCCAAGCUGGCCGGCGCAGGCGGCAUGGGCGGCAUGGACGAUAUGGCUGGUGGCCUCGGUGGAAUGUCCGAAAUGGAUGCACUGGCUGCUCUCAGCGAAAUGGGCGCCAUGGGCGGCAUGGAGGGCAUGUCUGGCAUGGGCAUGGGCGGUGGUGGCGGUGGUGGUGGUGGUUCCUCCACAAGUGCCGCCGACAUGAACGAAAUGGUCCAGAGCAUGCCCGGCAUGGAGAAUGUCGAAGUGCAUGACAUUGAUGCCAGCAUGAUGCAGUAGUAACCUCCGCCCCCACCCCUUCCCUUACACAUCAACCACAUCAAUUCCCCAACCAGCAACAUAAAAAUUACACUUACAUACCCCUCCCUGUGUUACCCUACCCCACCCCACCCCACCACUCCACUCGUAUAUGUCUGUGUGUGUGUUUGUGUGUGUCGUGUCCAAAAUUCUGAACUUUCGAAAUAUAUAAAUUGUGCAUAGUGGA